AAGUUCGCGGGGUUAUUCGUUGUAUUUAUGUCUCCCGUUUGCAGCCAAAAAUGUCUCUAGAUGUUUGAAUUUGUGCCAAGCGAGGAUUGGAGCGUAUAAAAUUUGACAAGGGCAUCAUCAGACAAUUCGUCGAUAGUUCAAAACAAUGGAAAGAUCUAUAUUACAGACCAUGUUUUUGAUUCUCUGUCUACUGCGUCCUAUUGCUUCUGUAGAAGACAGAUGUGGAGCUUGUAGAGCUGUUGCUGCUGAGUUGGAGUCCGCACUUGCCAAUGAAAAGCCAAAAAAUCACUUGGAUAUGCGACAUCGCUUGGAUUCGAGAGGUCAACGGGAAGGGAAAUUGAUUGAUUACAAAGUGAGCGAACUUAGGGUAGUGGAACUAUUGGAUGGAUUGUGCGAGAGAAUGAAGGAUUAUACUCUUGAUAAGGCAACUUCAAGCAAGGGAAAUUGGAUCAAAAUUGAAGAUUGGGAAAGAGCAGAACUAAAUAUAGAAAAACAGGAAGCAAAGGCACAUUCAAAAGAUAUAUCAAGUUUUUGUGGCAGGUUGUUGGAGAAAACUGAAGAAGAGCUAGCAGAGAAAAUUAAAAGCGGAACUGUGAGUGUGGAUGGUGUUGAAGAUGUACUAUGUCGAGAUCUUACCAAGAGUUGUGAUCCUGUAAAGUACAAUAAUAUGCAUAAAUCAAAGGUUUCGGCAGAUCUAAGCAUUGAUGAUGGUGAGCUCUAAAGUUCAUACAAAUGGUGCCCCAUCUGCAUCAUUCCACUAUCUUCGGAUCAUGAUAGACACGUGCCAAAAGUGAAACACAAAACUCUAGAGCAGCAAUUCGGAAGUUCAAUGCCUGAACAACGGAGCAACAACACGGCUUCAAAUUUUUAAACUGAGCUCUGUAGAGAUACAACUUUCAUUGAUACAUCUAAAAACCCUCAUAUUCUAAUAAAAUAUUACCUUUACCUUUUUGAAAGUUGAAGAUAUUUGCUAUUUGUGAAGUGACUUUUUUUCCAAUUAGAUUCUAUUAUUUUGAAUUUCUAAGAUUUUUGUUCUUUCUUA